UGCAAAACCCCCUGCUCCCAAUAGGGGUCCUUCAAUUUGUUGAAGGCUACCCACCCCACCCUACCCCUUCAUGUCCCCGGCAGGUAUAAUAAGAUGAAUUGCUUCCCAUGUUUCUCGUCGCAAAAAAGUAAGAAGGAAGGUAGUAGCAGAAGGGAGCAUGUCGACGUUAACAUCGACCAGCCCCCUCAACCAACUGUAACUGCUGAUACAGAAAAUAAGGAGACACCUAGUACCCCAGCUGAGUAUGACAACAAUAGCUCCAUUAAAGCAUUCAACUUCCGUGAGCUAGCCUCUGCCACCAAGAAUUUCCGGCAAGAAUGUCUAUUGGGUGAAGGCGGUCUCGGCAAAGUUUACAAGGGAACUAUUCAGGCUACCGGCCAGGAGGUUGCUGUGAAACAACUUGAUAGGAAUGCAAUGGAAGGGAGCAAUGAGUUCUUUGUUGAAGUUGGGCAACUCAGUCUCUUACAGCAUCCAAAUCUGGUUAGUGUCGUUGGGUAUUGUGCUGAUGGAGACCAAAGGCUUUUGGUUUAUGAAUACAUGUCAGGGGGUUCAGUACAAGAACAUCUUCAUGAUAUUAAACCUGGAGGGCAGCCAUUAGAUUGGGUAACCCGAAUGAAAAUAGCAUAUGGAGCAGCACAAGGUCUACAAUAUUUGCAUGAAAAGGCUAAACCUCCUAUAAUAUACCGUGACCUCAAGUCCUCUAAAGUUUUGUUGGAUGAUAACUUCAACCCUAAACUCUCCAACGUUGGGCUGGACAAGCUUGGGUCUUCGGCCGAUAGUAAGAUGCCGAUGCAAUCGAGGAUGAUGGAUAACCAUGGAUACAAUGCUCCAGAAUACACGAAAACGGGUACCGCCACGUUAAUGACCGAUGUCUAUAGUUUCGGAGUUAUUCUUCUUGAGCUUAUCAGUGGAAGAAAACCUAUUGACCCUUCCAUGCCUGAGGACCAGCAAGACUUAGUUGCUUGGGCGCAACCAAUAUUCAAAGAGCCAAAACAUUUCUCACAAAUGGCAGAUCCAUUACUCGAGAAACGAUUCCCAGAAAGAGGAUUAAAUCAAGCAGUAGCAAUAGCAGCCAUGUGUGUCCAAGAAGAAGCUGCUGCUAGGCCAUUAAUCAGUGAUUUAGCCUCCGUCUUAAGUUUCCUAUCCAUCGCCACCGAAGAAAACAAUAUUCCGGCCACUCUUCCCGCUUCCAUUUCUUCCAAAUUAAACUGCAUCUCCACCAAGCUCAAUUUCUUAGACGGUGCCGAUGCCGCAGGGAAGACGAAGGCAGCCGACAGCAACGUCACACCUACCAUCGCCGAAGAGAGAUCUGAAGACGAAGAGGAUGGCGGUUCUUCCGCACGAAGCAGCAGUGCCGAUAGAGGUUUAACGCAACAAAAAAGUCGAAAUGGAGAUCGUACACUUAGCCAAAAGAGUAGUGGAAGGUCAUUGUUUUCAAUAGACAAUGAUAGCAGAAAAUCACAUUCAUUGAGCCGUAAAGAAUCGAGCAAAGCUUCAUCAGACGAAGACAACGAAUACGAAAGCGACGAUGGGAAAUCAGCAGCUUCGUCGAGCCAACGAAGCGGCAGCGGCGUAUCCGAGGGUUCAUCCGGUGAUGAAAGUGGACAAAAAGGGUCAUCCUUAGGACAUAAAAGCAGCAAGAAAUUGACAUCAAUGAGUCGAAAGAGUAGCAAAAUGAAAGAAAGUGGUUCUUCACGCCAUAGGAGCAGCAGCAGUAAGAAAACAUCGAUGAAAAAGAAUCGACAGAAAUCAAAGAAACAUAGUGAUGAUGAAGGUGAUGAUUAGCCUGGAGGAUCACAAGAAGAUUGAGAAGGGGAUUGAGAAGGGACCUUAUUUAUAAAGGUUGAAAAAACACAAGUACUAAAAAGAAAGAAAAAAACCCUUUUACUCAGCAAAAUAUAUAUACUUUUUAUGUUUUUUUUUCUUUCUUCUUUUAUGUGUGAGCUCAUUGUCUUUAAUUUUUAUUUCUAUACCUUUAAUUCGACCAUUCUUAAAAGAAAGUUUUACAGUUAAUACUUUGAAAUAUCUUUCAAUUUUCAUUUAAUUAAACAAUACUUUUCUUUAAACAAUGUAAUGUUAGUGUGAAUGUGUCCUUGGUAUAGUAAUAAAAGUUGAGGUUUCCAUC